ACACACGCACGGGCUUGUCAUUUCGUGUUGGUGUUUUGUUAUUUAGCGACUUCGCCUUAUCAUCGUUUCAUUAACUAAUAAAACGAAAAAUUAACUGUGAAUCGACUUAGUCUGGAGCCGCGCGGGUUAAAAGCUUAUUCUGUACAGUCUCGGAAGGUUAAUCGCUUCACAAAUACUGCCGCCUGCCUGCCUGCUCAAUCAUUGUUCUAGUUACAACUGUACUAGAAGCAACAUCGACGAGUAAACGUAAUACAUCCAUUGCGACAAGCCAAGGCGGAACAGCGAAAGACAUGCAAAUGUUUGGCAUCGAUAGUAGAAAAGCCACAACCUUCCCGGCGUAUGUGGUAUCUGGACUUCUGUUGCUGCUAUUUGUACGACGCAGUUCGCAACAAAGCGAUUACAAUGACUACAUGAAACGAGAGCAUUCCCUUUUCAAACCCUACCAAGGAUCGGGCAUGACAAUACCGUACUGGGAUUUCAUAGGUACGACUUUCGUAACGAACUCUUACGUUCGGCUGACGCCGGAUCUGCAAUCGAAGAAUGGCGCCAUUUGGAAUCAUGUGCCCUGCACAUCUAUAAAUUGGGAGCUCCAGGUUAACUUUAAGGUACACGGCAAGGGCAAGGAUCUGUACGGCGAUGGCUUUGCACUUUGGUAUUCCCGGGAUCGGUUACAAACUGGACCGGUGUUCGGCAGCAAGGACAAUUUUAUGGGACUCGCCAUCAUCCUGGACACGUACAGCAACCACAACGGUCCGCAUAACCACCAGCACCCGUACAUUAGUGCCAUGGUGAAUAAUGGUAGCCUUUCGUACGAUCACGAUCGUGACGGGACGCACACCCAGAUAGCAGGAUGCGAGGCCAAAUUCCGGAAUGUGGAAUUUGACACGCAGAUCAACAUCCGGUACGAGAACGAUGUGCUGACCGUGUUUACCGAUCUGGAAAACAAGGCCACAUGGAAAGAGUGCUUCCGAGUGGAGGGCGUUAAACUGCCGACCGGAUACUACUUCGGUGCAUCGGCGACCACAGGAGACCUGUCCGAUAAUCACGAUAUCAUAUCGAUCAAGUUCUUCGAACUUGAGGCUCCGUCACUACUGGCCGAGGACCGCCGUCAAAUCGUACCGUCGGCAGCUACUUUCGAAGCACCGCGCGAACACAAAGACGAUCCCAAGCCUGGCAUGUCGAACGUGAAAAUAUUCUUCCUUAUUCUUCUCUCCAUGCUGAUAGUCGUUGUGUUGGUUGUGAUAGGCAUUAUGUUCUAUCAGAAACACCAGGAAAACGCUCGGAAGCGGUUCUACUAAGAGUGCGCUCAGUUCAGCCAGGGGAAACUAUCUUUGUCUCGUACGGUCGAAUAUCUCUCUCGAAGACCAACCGUGACCGAAUCACACGUUAGAAGUGACGAAUACGCAACAUGUACCAAACAAAUCAGAACAUUUAGACAAAUUGCUGUACGUAAGCGAGGGGACAAGCAUUCGAGAGGAGGUGGUUGUUCGUACAGAUUGCAGUGAGAUGGACCAUGAGUUGGUAGAUAAAUGCUUAAACGAAAAGCGAAGACAAACAAACAUAACCAUCACCGUUAUUUGCUCCAGCACCAUUUCUGCUCUUCAUCACCAUGACUGCAGAGAGAGGCCAUUUCCUUUUGUUGUGAAUCACAUAUUUUUUCACACUAUCAUUUACUGAAUUUGCUGUGAAAGUAUGUCUUUAAGUAAAUCCCGCUCAGGCUAGGAUGAAUUUUCAUUAUUAUGAACCAUACAAAUCCCCUUUGGGCAGAAGAGACGAAACGAGCAUACGAAAUCAUCCAAAUCGUACACCUUCUAUGGUGGACGACACUGAGCGUGUGUGGAUUUUUAAAGGACUGCAGUCUUUGUUUUUGUGUUGUAUGCAUGAAUUAUAAUUAUGGAUUUCCGGUUAUUAAUCUUAGCGUGUAUUCCUACUGAAUCGCAGUCUUGAAGGGGGCUUUAUGGAUAAGGAAAUAAGUGGUAGGUUAACAAUUGUCCAAUAAAAUCGAACGAUGAACAUACAA